CCGACAGUGACGGCGGUGGUACGAGGACAGGGGGAGCUGAUCGGGCUGCUGAAGGCGGGCGGAUACGACAUGGACGAGCGGACGGAGGACGGGAGGACAGGGCAGCAUGUAGCGGGGAUGCUGGGGAGGGCGGGGAGCGUGAGGGAGCUGAUACAGGCAGGAGCAGAGGUAGGAGCGAAGGACAAGGCAGGAAAGACGAUGGUGCACUGGGCGGCGGAGUAUGGGCAAGUGAAGGUGCUGAAGACGGUAGAGGAAGAAUGCGGGAAAGAGACUCUGAGGACCUUGAUGAGGGAGAAGGACAAGGAUGGCAGGACAUGCGCGCACUAUGCGAGUGAGGGAGGGCGGUUGGAGGUAGUGCGGUAUGUUGUAGAGACAUGCGGGGAGGAGGUGCUGGGGGAGAAGGACAAUGCCGGCAUGACAUGCGCGCGCAUGGCGAGUCAAGGCGGGCACAUGGAGGUAGUGCAGAACGUCGUGAGGACAUGCGGGGAGGAGGUGCUGAGGGAGAAGGACAAGCACGGCUGGACAUGCGCGCAUCAGGCGAGUGAGAGAGGGCGGUUGGAGGUAGUGCGGUACAUUGUAGAGACAUGCGGGGAGGAGGUGCUGAGGGAGAAGGCCGAGCACGGGAGGACAUGCGCGCACUAUGCGAGUAAGGGAGGACACUGGGAGGUGCUGCGGUAUGUUGCAGAGACAUGCGGGGAGGAGGUGCUGAGGGAGAAGGACGACAACGGCUGGUCAUGCGCGCACUGGGCGAGUGAGGGAGGGCACUUGGAGGUAGUGCGGUAUGCUGCAGAGACAUGCGGGGAGGAGGUGCUGAGGGAGAAGGACAAGGACGGCAGGACAUGCGCGCACUAUGCGAGAAUGAGAGGGCACUUGGAGGUGCUGCGGUAUGUUGCAGAGACAUGCGGGGAGGAGGUGCUGAGGGAGAAGGACAAGUACGGCAGGACAUGCGUACACUAUGCGAGUGAGGCAGGGCAGUUGGAGGUGCUGCGGUAUGCUGUAGAGACAUGCGGGGAGGAGGUGCUGAGGGAGAAGGACGAAGACGGCAAGACAUGCGCGCACUGGGCGAGCUACAGAGGGCACGUGGAGGUGCUGCGGUAUGCUGUAGAGACAUGCGGGAAGGAGGUGCUGAGGGAGAAGGACAAGCACGGCAGGACA